AUGACAAUUAAGGACAAGGUUAGAAGAGUCUCCAAGAUCUUCCACUCGGAGUCGAAGGAGUCGUUGGACAAGGUGGCUGCAGAAGGCGAAACCGCCGCUGCACCAGCCACAGAGACCGUCGAGGUUCCUGAGGCUGCACCGGCUGACGCGCCCGUCGAGGCGCCAGUCGAGGCGCCAGCCGCUGGAGUUGAGACCACCGAAGCUCCGGCUGCGGCAGUUGACGCACCGCAGGUUAAAGACGCAGAAGCUGCUACCGCUGCCGAGCCCGAGGCAGUCGAUGCCACCAAGCCAGUUGAAGAGCCGCUUUCUACAGAAGUUGCACCAGUUGUGGAAGCAGCUCCCGCUGAAGAAGCCGGCGAGUUGGUGACUGAAGAAGGCGAAGCCGCCGAAGCAGCAGCGCCAGAAGAGGCGGAGGCUGCGGCUGAGGCACAGGAGGCAGCCGCGUCGAAAAACAAUGCAUUGAAGAAACCCCACGACUUCUUUAAGAAGCUCUUUGCCAAGUUCAAGAAGCCCGUUGUCGCCAAGGCCUAA